AUGAGUGCCCACCUGGCCAUGCCCGCCUACCUGUCCUACCCCGGCUCGGUCAUGUAUGGGGACUACUACUGGCUCUCCCCAGGGAGCAUGGACAGCGUGCCCGUCGAGGAGGCUCCGCCGGCGGACACCCCCCCCUUCCCCGCGGCGGUGAAGACGACCGGCCACCCAGAUGUCUCUCCGGCUUCGUCCAGCUCUGGGACGCUCAUCCAGUACACCCCCGACUCCGCCACUAGCCCCACGGCGGAGCGCCCGUCUCCCCACCCCUCUUUCCAGAAGGUCAAGGAGGAAGGCGAGGGUGUGGUGAAGAAGGCCAAGAGCCGCACGGCCUUCUCCCAGGAGCAGCUGCAAAUCCUCCACCAGCGGUUCCAGAGCCAGAAGUACCUCAGCCCCCAGCAGAUCCGGGAGCUGGCUGCCGCCCUGGGGCUCACCUACAAGCAGGUGAAAACGUGGUUUCAGAACCAACGGAUGAAAUUUAAACGUUGCCAGAAGGAGAGCCAGUGGGUGGAAAAAGGGGUCUAUCUACCACAGAACGGGUUUCAUCAGGCUGCAUACCUGGAUAUAACCCCCACGUUUCACCAGAGCUUCCCCGUGGGUGCCAGCAGAAACCUUCAGGCUGUGACCAGCGUGCACCAGGCUUACAGCAGUGGCCAGACUUAUGGGAACGGGCAGAGCCUGUACUCAUUCGUGGCUGUGGAGGAUGAGGGGCUCUUUGGAAAAGGUGGGACAAGCUGCAAUAGCCAGCAAACCAUGGGUUUAUUAAGCCAGCAGAUGAACUUCUAUCACAGCUACCCUGCUGAUACGGAUUAUGUCAGCCUGGAGUCAGAAGACACCUACAGCUUCCAGAGCACCUCUGACAGCAUCAUAUCGUUCUCGAGCUCUCCUGUACGGCAUCAGUACCAGGCCCCUUGGCAUCCCCUGGGGACCCAGAGUGGUUAUGAGUCUUAG